AUGAACGGCGCUCCCAAGAUGGCUGGCAGCCGCAUCUUCACCCGCCGAGAGAUCGAAGGUCUGAUCGCCGACGGAGAUGUGCUUGUGCUGUACCAGAAUGCCGUCCUGCGACUCAAUGCGUGGCAGCACCUUCAUCCAGGCGGACGGCUCGUGAUUCAUCACAUGGUGGGCCGAGAUGCAACGGACGAGCUGAGCAUAUCCCACUCGCCCGAGAUCCUGCAGAGCAUGACCAGAUACCGCAUAGGUCGAAUCAAGGGAGAGUGGACAAACUUCACACCACCUAUCCAAGGCGGCACGUUCAGGAGGGAGACGAAGGAACUCGGCGUCGACUUGAAGACACAGUGCCAAACCAAGCCAACUCCGCUGCUGAGCGRGGCGUCACAGAUCGAUGUGGUGCCUGGCAGCUACACCGCAGGCGCGAUUCAGGAGGAAAUCGAUGCUGAUAUCGCCAAGUACCCAUCACUCGACGCUACCACCCAGCGCAACAUCGCGUUGAAGUUCCGGGAACUGCAUCAGCGGGUUCUAGACGAGGGUUACUAUGACUGCCGCUACGUGGAGUAUGCCAAAGAAAUGGCACGGUACACCACACUCUUCUGCCUAUUCCUCUUCUUCCUCAGACGCGAGUGGUACGCGACCUCGGCCUGCUUCCUUGGACUUUGGUGGCAUCAAAUCAUGUUUACCGCGCACGAUGCUGGACACAGAGGCAUCACACAUAACUUUGUCAUCGAUUCGUUGAUCGGCAUCUUCAUUGGAAACUUCUGCUCCGGAUUGUCCAUUGGCUGGUGGAAGAGCAGUCACAAUGUGCACCACUUCAUCACGAACGAUCCGGUCCACGAUCCAGACAUUCAAAACACGCCGCUAUUUGCAACCUCGCCAGCAUUCUUUACAUCCAUUAAAUCAUCCUACUACAAUGGGUUUCAGUUCGUCUGGGACGCUGUCGCAGAUGUUGUGAUCCAGUACCAGACUUUGACCUACUAUCCGAUCAUGGCUGUGGCGAGAUUCAACCUCUACUUCCUCUCGUGGACACAUCUCAUCUCGCGCCGCUCCAUCACCAAGGGUACUGCCGCCUGGACACGACCGGUCGAGAUCAUCGCAAUCACCUGCUACAUCUUCAUCUUCUUCUACGGGCUGCUUUGGUGCACCAUUCCAACCUGGUGGAAUCGUGCGGUGUUCUUGCUUGUGAGCCAUCUUGUCACGAUGCCUUUGCAUGUACAGAUCACAUUGUCGCAUUGGGGAACCAGCACCUCCGACCUAGGUCCAUCCGAGGUCUUUGCGCAGCGCCAACUUCGUACCACCAUGGACGUAGCAUGUCCCGCCUGGCUGGACUUCAUCCACGGUGGACUUCAAUUCCARGCAGUCCAUCAUCUGUUUCCGCGUGUGCCGCGUCACAACUUACGCAAGCUUCAGGGGAUGGUGAAGGAGUUCUGUGCCGAGACCAAGAUCGAGUAUUUGAUACUCGGGUUCGUUGACGGUAACAAGGAUGUGUUAUCGAAGCUCCAGCAUGUGGCAGAUCAGGCGAAGCUAAUGGCGGCGUGUCAAUCGUACAUGGCUGCCACAGGCGAGAGCGGACUGCACUAG